AGGGAGAUGAUAGUCAGGGUUUUUUCUUGAUUUUGAUAGGAUAUGAAGAGUUAGGAGAAGAUUGAAGAUUCUUUGUUGUUGUUAAAUAUCAGUGUCUAAUGAAGUUAUUUCGAUGAAGAGAAAUCAUCUAAAGAAAGAGCAAUUUCUAUUUUUAUUGAUUCAUGGUAAUAAACAGAAGAGAUUCAAUGGAAGUACUAGUGUCUUGAAUGAAUUAGAAUACACGGGUUCUCAUCAGAUAUGAUUUACAACAAGGAAAUGGAGACGAAUUCCUGAUGGUUAUGGAUGUUAGGGUCUAAGUUGACGUUCUGAUUUUAAAAAUUAAGAAUGAAAUUCAGAGGUUUGAUGGGACUGGAAUCAGAGAAUGGUUGAGAAGUUAAGAAGGAGAUGAAUUGUUAUGGGGUAUCUGAAUUUAGAUGAGGAACUAGUAAAUCAAGAUGGAGUUCAUCUGUGAAGCACCAGUAAACUGCACACAGGUUGUUUGUAGAAAGGCUUAAUCAAAUUACAGGGAGAAGAUGAACUGAUGGAAGAGGGGUUACGAAGCUACAUAAGUAUCGACAGUAUUGCUGUUGUUAGUUGUUUUUGAUGAUGCAUUGGCUAGGUUUGAAGUGUUGUACUACAAGAGAUGAAAAUGGUGAGGAUGUUCUGAAUGGACUGAAACGCGAUAUUUGCAUUGUGAAUAUUGCAGGUGAAAUGAAUGGAAUGGUGGUGCAACUAUAGCAAGAAGAAGUUGGCAGAGCAAUAGACUGGAUUGUGUAUGAGACGCAAACUGAUGGUGAUUUUGUAGAAUGCAAUGGUGAGUCUAAGUCUGGAGUUUUGCUGUCAGAUUGUAGAGAUGGUUCAAGGGGAUGGAUGUUUGAAGAGCUGGGAAGUUUAUCUUAAGUUGAACAUAACGAUGAAGAGCUGGUGCUGCUGAAUCUGGGCAAGUGAUGCAAUUGCAGUUGAAGAUGGAGGUCCAAUGGUUAGCAAUUCUGUUUGUUUGGUUCUGCAACGAGUAAAUUAUGGGUGUUAAUGAAUUGGGUUUGACAUGAUGAGAAUGCAUGAAGUCAAGAGUACAGGGAGACAACAUCUUCAUAUCGAAUGUUGGAGAUUCUCGUGCGGUGUUAGCAACGGCUUCUAACGAUGGAACGUUGGUUCCAGUUCAACUUACAAUGGACUUCAAGCCAAACUUACCACGAGGCAGAACGGAUAAUGCAUUGCAACGGAAGGGUGUUUUGCUUAGACGAUGAACCAGGUGUGCAUAGAGUAUGGUUACCAGCUGAGGAAAAACCUGGAUUAGCAAUGUCAAGAGCCUUGAGAGAUUUCUGCGUCAAAGACUUUGGUGUUAUUUCAGUUCCUGAAGUCACACAAAGGAGUAUAACCAGUAAAGACCAGUUCAUUAUCCUUGCCACCGAUGGGGUAUGGGAUGUUAUCUCAAAUCAAGAAGCAGUUCAAAUUGUAUCUUCAACACCGGAUAAACGUAAAGCAGCUAAAAGAAUAGUCGAAUGUGCCGCACGCGCAUGGAAACGUAAAAUACGAGGAAGCUUUAGGUUAGGAAAUUGUCUGGGUUAGGGCCAUGUUACCAUUCUAUGUCAUUAUUCAGAAGGAAAAAAGGGCCUUCAGUCUCAAUGCCAUUCCCAUUCUUCGGACUUUUCUGUAAUGUCUGUUGCAUUCAUUCCGACCGGUGCAGCGUUGCUUCUUUACUGAUGAUGUAUGCUCAGGCAAUUCAAUGAGUUCAGCAAGCACUGAAUGUUCAAUAUAUUUGAAGGACUAACACGUCUGUUUAGCUAAGAAGAUAUGGACAGCUGGAAGAUAACUGCAGCUGACUUUCCAUCCAUCACUUUUGGUCAAAACUUGCCUAGUUUAGCAAUAAAUA